GCGGAGUUUAGUUGAAGAUCGAAUUUGGAUUCGGUUGGCGGGCGCGGCCAUCUUGGUGAAUUAGUGACCUGGCGAUUCGGUUUUAGUUAGUGAAAAAUCAUUUGUCAUCCACAAUGUCGGAAAGGGAAGAUAAUGUGUAUAAAGCUAAGUUAGCCGAGCAGGCCGAGCGUUACGAUGAAAUGGUGGAGGCUAUGAAGAAUGUGGCCUCACGUAACGUCUCAGACAAUGAACUCACAGUUGAAGAGAGGAACCUCCUUUCAGUCGCAUACAAGAAUGUGAUUGGCGCCCGCCGAGCCUCGUGGAGGAUUAUAUCCUCAAUUGAACAAAAGGAAGAAACAAAAGGCGCGGAGGACAAGCUGAACAUGAUCCGCGCCUACCGCAGUCAAGUGGAGAAGGAGCUGCGCGACAUCUGCUCCGACAUCCUCGACGUGCUCGACAAGCACCUCAUACCAAGCUCGCAGACCGGCGAGUCCAAAGUUUUCUAUUACAAAAUGAAGGGUGACUACCACCGGUACCUGGCCGAGUUCGCGACGGGCAAUGACCGUAAAGAGGCGGCCGAGAACUCACUGGUCGCAUACAAGGCCGCCUCCGACAUCGCGAUGACUGAGCUGCCUCCCACCCACCCCAUCCGUCUCGGCCUUGCGCUCAACUUCUCAGUAUUCUACUACGAAAUCCUGAACAGUCCGGACCGCGCGUGCCGGCUCGCGAAGGCCGCCUUCGACGACGCCAUCGCCGAGCUCGACACACUAUCCGAAGAGAGCUACAAGGACUCCACGCUCAUAAUGCAGCUGUUGCGCGACAACCUCACGCUUUGGACCUCCGACAUGCAAGGCGACGGCGAGUCCGGUGAAGCCGAACAGAAAGAACAAGCACAGGACGUCGAAGAUCAGGACGUGUCGUAAUACUUUUUAACAUUCUAUUUAAAUAUAAUAAAAAAAAUAACUAUAGUAUCAUGUAAGACCCAGCCCUCAAUGACAACCGGUUGUAAGGUAUCCCAGCAACGCGCCUCCGGGACGUUCUCAAACUACUCGCAUGCAUACACUGAGUAAAUUGGCCGUUACAUUCGAACUCAACGUACAUUGCAACUUUCGUUUAUGUAUCGUGUCAAAUUAUCUAUGAGUAAUAUACAUUUUAAAUAUGUACUUCUUUUGAUAUAUUCAAUGUUUCGUUUUCGAUUACGAGAAAAAAAAUAUAUAAUGUUUAAGAAAAGUACUUUGGUAUUGCAUUUUAUCUGUAUGUUCUAAGAAUGUAUUUUCUUAACGGUUCACUUUAAAUUGAUCUCUAAUGUUAACUUAGCUUUCUCUGCUCCGGCAACUGUAUCACUUCGCGUGUAACCACGCAGCCGUUGUAUUAGAUGUCACCAACAGGGAUUUAUACUAUAUCGUAGCGAUCGCUGAUAGACUUUUCCAUCUUUCUAACGUCUACUCUACUAAGGUGGGAAUUGUAAAUUUUCUAAGUAUUUUAUACCGUGUGUAAAAUUAAUGUAUUUAAUUCCGUUGUAACUCACAUCGUACGAGCACCAUAGCGACGAAUCCAUUUACUUGAAUAAUAAUAAUAUAUUUAAUUUGUAUACACUAUAGUGAAGUGUAUGUAUUAUGUGGAUGUAAUAGAUAACUCGGUAUCAUUUCGCAUCGUAUCUCAGUGUCGAUUUCGGUUUGCACAAAUAGUCGUUUUAUACGUGGACGUUUAAUGUCGCGGCGAGGUCACGUCGCGUUGCACGGCGCUGCGUCGCGGCGAGCGGGUCUUCCGCGCGCCUUGCAUUUGUAUACAUUGAUCGUUUAUUGAUAUAUUUUAAACGGUAACAUUUAUUAGAUGAUAUAUUGUAGUUACUCGCAAUAUUUAGCUAAGUGAUAGUGGCGUCACCCUGUUGGUCUUUAUGUAUCUAUCGUGUCGAGCAUACGUACUCGUAUUUAUCGCAACAAAUUCGUGUAAAUCGUGACUACUGUGUAGUACUAUGGUUCGUUUCGAGCGGAUUCAUUUGCGUUCGGUUUUGGAGACUCGACGGGAGGGGCCCGGCUGAGCUUGUCGUCGAAGACAUUGUCGAUGUGUCCGCGCUUCGUUCGUAUUACAACUUUUGGAGUAUUCACACUUGAAUCGCUUUAAUUACUUACGAGUAUUGUGAUAGAGAUUUUGUAUAUUUUAAUUUAUUUUUUAAUUUCGCAUGUUUCUCGAAAAUAUCGCUGUAGCGCUACAUCUCUACAAUUAUAACAGGACAAACGGUAGUUCUAAAGUUGUGCUAGGUUAAGGUUAUGCACUCGGGGAAAUUAUUUAUUUGCGACGUAUCGCUCGGCGGCCUGCGGUGCGAGCGUUCCCGUGCGCCCGUGCAUCGCACGGAGCACGUGUGCCCCGCACGGAGCACAUGUGCCAGCGCGCCCGUGCGCCGCAGAGCCCGCGCGCCCGGCGCCGAGCAACUCGAAGACAUUCCAUCUUCAUACCUAUGAUAAAACUAAAUAUCUGGCCAAUGUUUGUUCAAACUCCGAACUAGUGCGGCAUGGCAGUGUGCAGCAAGUGCGUGCCCGAGUAAGAUAUUAGCGUUAUUUUUAUUUGAAUUUGUAAUAUUGCAUAUAUUUUGUUAAUUUAUAUCCACAAAAAAUACUGAUGCAAUUAGCCUUAGUGUUAUGCAAUAUUGAUUUAUGUCCUACCAUCUACAUGGAAAUUUAUUGUAAAUGACAGUGUAAAUCUAAUAAUAAAAUUCAAAAGUCCAA